AUGUUUAUAUUCCGUAUACACUUUUUAGUUGUGCGAACUUUAUAGGUUAUGAAAACAUUACAAAGAUUCCGAUAUAUCUCGAUUAUUUCUUUCACUAUUUAAUUUUUGUAGACCUUUGAGGACUGUAACGCUGCGUCUUUCGCUUCUUGAAGGCACAGUUUAAUCCUUGAAGAAUUUAUUAUGACUAGCGCAAUGGAAAUGGUAUGCAAUACUCUUGGAAUUGACAGGGUAAAUAUGGAUGGUAAAAUGAUCUUGAUCGAGGAGCAACACGGCACCAACGCAAAUUUCCUGUUGAAUGCCGUUUUAUCACACGCCUUGAAGAAAAUGCAAGCCAUUUGUCUUGUUCUUUGUCAUAAUACUUUUGGUCACUAUCACAAUGUCGGCAUGAGACUCGGCUAUAACCUUUUAGCUUUAAAAGAGAAGGGUCAAGUUACAGUUGUUGAGCCGAUGAAAAUUGUAGCCAACAACAUUGCUGAUCUGUGUAAUGAUUCCAUGGAUAAAGAGGAAAUUGUAAUCCCAGAUGCAAUUUCAGCAGAACAUAUGGAUAUUGUGCACAAACUUUUUACAUGCGUCAAAAAGAGCUACGAUGAGGCAGCAAAGUUUCAGGGAUCUGUUGUCCUUAUUGUUGAUGACAUAAAUCAUUUGCUUGAUCUUGGCCUUAGUAUGCGCGACACCAUGUACUUUGUAAGAUACUUAAGAUCGUCUGUAGCAUCCCAUCCCUUGUCUCAGCUUUGUAUUCUCACACAUACGUAUCAGUGGGAUCCACAGACUUCAAAUGCAGAUGCUGUUGCUAACGUGUUGAAACACAUGGCACAUCUAUGCGUUGCGACUAAGCCGUUUAAGACAGGACACUCUAGCGAUACGUCUGGUAAAUUGAUCGUUCACUGGAGGAUAGACUCUGUGAGAUUAAAGUAUCAUUGGCCAGAAGAAACGACGCAUUUAUUUAAAUUGUCAGAUUGGCAAGUAAAGAUUUAUACAUCUGGCGCAAUGUCUGUUCUGUCGUAGGUGAUAACUUUUAACCAUUGUCCCUUGUUUUUUUUUAUAUUUUAUUUUUAGAUAUUGUAAAAGUACAUAUUGUAUUAUAAAAAUACAAUUUAAUAUUA